AUGGAUAUGUUGAAGAUGUUGGUGAAGGUCCUUUUCAUCGUGCAUUGGUUGGCAUGCUUGACGUUCCUCGUCGCAUCCCCUGUCUGCGUGGAUGGCACAGCGAUGCCUUGCCCACCCCCAGAGGGCCCGAACGACGACAGCAGGUUCUGGUCAAACUGGGUGCGAAUGUUCCAAGUGGACAAAUUUGACCUCGCGGCGCGCUACUUGAGCACCUUUCACUUCAUCACGGCCACACUCAUGGCUGUUGGAUAUGGGGACAUCUUCCCAGCUAACUCCUUCGAGCGCAUCGUGUGCAUUGUGUCUCAGAUCACGGGUGCAGUGUUGUUCGGCUUUCUCCUCUCCUGCAUCACCGCAGUCCUCGAGUUCACACACCCUAGGGAGCUGGAGCACAAGAAGCGGAUGUCCGAGAUUAAGGUCUGGUCGCACUUUUGCUACGUCACUGCGCAGCGGUCAGCCUUCAAGGAGGAGCACACGAUGCUGCUGUCCCUGCCGACGCACCUGCGCAGCCAGCUGGCCGGGUGCCCCAAGGGAGGCGAAGGGCGGCCCCUGGCCGUGGCCGCCGUGGCCGUCGAAGCCUCGCAAAAGAUCUACUUCCAGGCCAUUCAGGCCUGCUUGGGAAAUUUCGAGAAGGGGCUGGUGGCCGAGCUUGCCGUCCAGGUGAUGCCAAUGCAGGUCCACUUUCGCGAACCUGGCUUGCAGACGGGGGAACUUACCACCGAGCUCUAUGUGGUUGCGACUGGCCGAGUGGAGGCGGUUCUUGUGGAGGAACGCCACAAUGAGAACCCGGAGCAGCUGGAGGCCUCCUUGGAGUUCUCGCCGUCUGGCCUGUUUGGACGCUUUCGCGUCGCGCAGGCCUUCCUGAAGCUUUGUUUGGCCAGCAGUGAUCCACGCAGGCACGGUGGCGGCGUGGCCCGUGAGGACCUCUUCGACGAACCGUCCGGAAAUAGCCUGCCGGAUGCUUCUGCAGAUGGAGAAGAGGCACGCCCCCGUGCCGAGCGAACGCGCCGGAGGCAAGCCACCCCCACAAGGGGAUUGAUCCAGCGGGCGAGAUCCUUCCUCACCGAGGGCGUGGGCUUUGCAGCGCCAGCGGCCUCCGAGGACACCGGGGCCCUCUUCCUCUUCUCGGGGCUCUCUUGUGACAUCAUCCAAAUUCUCUGCGGCAUCUAUGGAGAACUGGAGGCUUUCGGCCACUGCGCUGUGGCACCGCUUCGCUUCCGAGGUGGAUGUUACCAAUCCGAGGUCUUCUCCAUCAACCAGGAUAUCCUGGACAGGGCUAUGUCCGCCUACCCCGGCCGGCAGCAGGAGUUCGAGGUCCAGUGCCGCUCGGCCACGAAGGAGCUGGCCAGGGCCAUGCUGUCGGCCGAGUGGUCUGGGCAGCUUCCGCAGUGCGCACAGGCCCUCUGCAAGCGACAGGUGAUAGGAGUAGACCUGCCUUCCGCCACCCACCAGAAGCACCCACUCCAAGCACCCAUUCUUGUUCUGCCCAGCCGACGCAGCGCCUCAAAGGGCUGGUGGCACGGGUCUUGGCUUGCCCGUUCACGGUCGUCCAUCUGUGUAGAUGGUGCUCUAGCAACUCUGGCAGUGCGCAUUGUGCUUUCCGAGUUCGAGAGUUGGAAUGCUUUACAAGUUACGAGAAUUGCUACCACGAUCGGCUUUGUGCAGGUUGCAACACCCUAA